UGUGUGGUCAGCUCAUGAUGCUCCUGAGGUAAAUAACCGCAGACAUGGAGAUAAUGUAGCCGCUUGAUCCGGAGCUUGUAGCUUUCACCGCUCGCGAGGCUGUGGGCUGCCAACUUGCUUCCGCCGAAAAGCAUUAUGGGAUGUGUAGUUCAGGACACACAGCAACAACGUGCACGUCAAACACCCGCUGCACGGUUAUGGCAUUUAGUUUUAAUUUUGAUAUUUCAUCGCGGUUAAAGCAGAACUGUAACAAUAACAGCACGCUGGAUGAGAAAGAAGAAAAUGAAAAUCAAGAUACGGCGAAGAACCAAAGCCAGGUUGAAGAGACCAGUGCACCUAAGAAGGUGAAGGAAGCUCAAGAGCAUAAACAUGCACCAGAUCUUCUCUCCAACAUUGAGAACUCAGUCCCUGAGACAGUCACUAUAGGUUCAUUACCACCUCUUCUUUACCUCAACGAAUCUGUUUUUGAGCAAACUGCUCCUGAGCGAGACGAUGCUGAGGAGGUCCUGUCUCAAACCAUCACCCAAAACACUGAUCUUAUAACCGGAGUGUAUGAAGGAGGACUUAAAAUCUGGGAAGGCACCUAUGAUCUGCUCGAGUAUAUAGAUGAUGAAGGGGAGAUGUUCUCUGGAAGAAAGGUGUUAGACUUGGGCUGUGGAGCAGGGAUCCUUGGCAUUCUUGCAUUAAAGAGAGGUGCAAGCAAAGUCCACUUCCAAGAUUAUAACAGCACUGUGAUCGAGCAGCUUACAAUCCCAAAUAUAUUCCUCAACUGUGAGGAAGAGGGUGGUGAAGAGAAUAGAGGAGAUGAAGAUGACAGCCCAUCACCUAAACGGAUAUCUAUGGAGAAAAAUCACACACUCGUAGAUCGGUGCAGUUUUUUCUCAGGGGACUGGGUUUCGUUUCUCUCACUGAUACAAAGUCAAGAUCCCACAUUGAAAUAUGAUUUGAUCUUUACAUCAGAAACAAUCUACAACACAGAUUACUAUCCUUCUCUUCAUGAUGUGUUUCAGAAACUGCUUUCUGAGCAUGGUUGUGUCUAUUUGGCAACCAAGUCUCACUAUUUUGGAGUUGGAGGUGGACUGUAUUUGUUUGAAAGGUUUGUGGAAGAAAAAAAUGUAUUCCAAAUCAAAUCUUUAAGGGAACUGGAUCAGGGACUUAAAAGGCACAUUGUUUCUUUGAGGUUCAAGAAAUCUCUCUUGUAGUACUUUGUGCUUGUAAGAUCAAUAUGACACAAAGGCUGUCAUUAUUACAACCUUUAAGGAAAAGUCAUUCCUUAAAUGUAUUAAAUAUGUUCACAAUUAAAUGCUUGUAAUACAACUA